CCCCCAUGCUCAGCCUUCUGUUUACUCCCUUGCUGGGCCCGCCCCAGGAUUGCCAAAGGCAGGAACUGCAGUUUGGACCCUAGGAAAGAAGGCAACUUCCAAGGCACCUGAGAAACGGGGGGCUUCUCCUGAGGCGCCCUGGGGCUCCCCAAAGCGGUAGGAAGCCCGCCCACCGCCCAUGCCUGGUCCACAGAAGGCGGCAGCAUCAUGGCACGGCCUGGUCCGGGGGCGCUGCUCUUUGCAAACGGGCUGGGCUUCCCCCCAAGCAACGUGGCCCGGGUCGUCGUGUGGGAAUGGCUGAACGAGCACAGCCGGUGGAGGCCCUACACGGCGGCCGUCUGUCACCACAUUGAGAACAUCCUGAAAGAGGAUGCCCGGGGCAGUGUAGUGCUCGGACAAGUAGAUGCCCAGCUGUCACCGUAUAUUAUAGAUUUACAGUCCAUGCACCAAUUCCGGCAGGAUACAGGGACAAUGCGCCCAGUGCGGAGGAAUUUUUACGAUCCUUCUUCUGCUCCUGGCAAAGGGGUGGUAUGGGAAUGGGAGAAUGACAACAACUCCUGGACACCGUAUGACAUGGACAUCUGCAUCACCAUCCAGAAUGCAUACGAGAAGCAGCAUCCGUGGUUGGACCUCUCUUCGCUGGGGUUUUGCUACCUGAUCUACUUCAACAGCAUGUCUCAAGUGAACCGCCAGACACAGAGAAAGCGCCGUCUCCGGAGGCGCAUGGACUUAGCCUAUCCGCUCAUCAUGGGCUCCAUCCCUAAGUCUCAGUCCUGGCCGGUGGGGACCAAUUCUGGGCAUCCUUGUUCGUGCCAGCAGUGCCUGCUGGUGAACAGCACUCGAGCAGCUUCUAAUGCCAUCUUGGCCUCCCAACGCCGGAAGGUUUCUUCAGGCAAUAGCAACGGGACGCUGGCGGUCCGUCAGAGCAAUACUUUCAACGGGACAGCAUUGUGGUCUUUAGGGACUGUGCAGGCAGGUGGGAUGGUCAAGAUGGAGCAGUCCCGUUCUGCCAAUGGGAUGCAGGUGACCACCUUCUCCCGAAGCCAGAGCGCACCCAACAAUACUCAACUGCCAGGUCAGAAUAACCUAAACCGGCCUGGGACACAGCGUGGAGCCAUCCUAAGUAGCAGAGCUUCCAUCCCACCAGGGGUUCCUGCUCUCCCAGUGAAGAAUCUGAAUGGAACUGGUCCAGUCCACCCUGCCUUGGCAGGAAUGACCGGCAUCUUGAUGUGUGCAGCGGGUUUGCCCGUCUGUCUGACUAGAGCGCCAAAGCCGAUCUUGCAUCCCCCGCCCGUCAACAAGAGUGACAUGAAGGCAGUGCCAGGCAUUACCGGCAUCUGCCGUAAAACCAAGAAAAAACAUUUGAAGAAGAGCAGAAACCCUGAGGAUGUGGUGCGACGUUACAUCCAGAAGGUGAAGAAUCCCCCUGAUGAGGACUGCACCAUCUGCAUGGAGAGAUUGGUCUCCUCCUCGGGUUACGAGGGCAUCCUGAGGCACAAGGGUGCCAAGCCAGAGCUGGUAGGGAAGCUGGGGAAAUGCGGGCACAUGUACCACCUCCUCUGUCUAGUUGCCAUGUACAACAAUGGCAAUAAGGAUGGAAGCCUCCAGUGCCCCACUUGCAAGGCCAUCUAUGGGGAGAAGACAGGGACUCAGCCUCCUGGAAAGAUGGAAUUCCACAUUAUCCCACAUUCUCUCCCUGGCUAUCCGGAUUGCAAAACCAUCCGCAUUGUGUACAACAUUCCUGCGGGGAUCCAGGGCGCAGAGCAUCCCAACCCCGGGAAGAAGUUCACCGCACGAGGUUUCCCACGUCACUGUUACCUUCCAGACAACGAGAAAGGCAGAAAGGUUUUGAAGCUCCUCAUUGUGGCCUGGGAACGCCGACUCAUCUUCACCAUUGGGACGUCUAACACGACAGGGGAAUCGGACACUGUGGUGUGGAACGAGAUCCACCACAAGACAGAAUUUGGGUCCAACCUCACUGGCCACGGCUAUCCUGACCCGAACUAUCUGGACAAUGUCCUGGCUGAACUGAUGGCCCAAGGGGUCUUGGAAGCCAACCUGAAGGACUGAGAAGGUGUUUUUGGCCUCCACCCACCCCACGUUCCUCCUGCCUCCACUUCUCAAUGUGCAGUGCAGUGCCAGCACUGCCCUUCUCCAUCCAUCUGUCUGUGUUUGCUGAUUGGCGAGGCAAUGGUGUUUGGGAUGGCCCCUCCCACCUUCCCCUGUUGCUUUGAUAGCUUGACUUCUGACCAAUUCAUGGAGGGUGGAGGGUGCUUUCCCCCAUCCGUAGCAGGAUUCUCUACACAAUUUCUGGGUUCCCCCCAGAGAGCCAGCCAGAAGCUUUGUGAGUGAGCCAUUGAUGCCAACCUUCUGCUCUUCGUUUUCUACACACGUGUAUAAUUCUGGGCCAUCCCCGUGGGUGCAAGGGUCACUUCUCCAUACCAUCCAUCUCCAAGUGUCUUUCACAAACCUGCCUCCUUUUUUCCCAGCUCCUCAUUUGUUCUGGGGUGCCUUUGUGGCUCCGUCCAGAGAAGCAGGAAAGAAAUCCAAGUUGGGGAGCUAAGGGAAGCUUGCAUUGUGGCUUAACUGCAGGCAGAGUCUUGUCAACCAGCUUUGCCAUCUGCCUUCCAUGCCAAUGAAAGGAAGGGUGCCCAUCCCAGCCUCUGUGGCUCCCCCCAGCCUUGGAGGUGUUCCCUUCACUAGUGAAAUGCAAAGUUGGUCCCCUAGUUGAUGAUGCUUUUCUUGAAAACGAUAUUGCAAGAUGGGGGAGGUUUUUCUACUUGGAGCCAUGGCAGGGUGAAGACUGGACAGUCCACAAGGACUUUUCCUUCCCUGUUAUCCCCAUAAGUUCCCCCUUGUCAGCUGUUUGUUUAACAUACCCACACACACACACAAGCAUGCCUUGCAGGAUCACCUGGAUGCUUGGUCCUUUUCACUUCAGCCACAACAGUGGGUUAGACAGGCCUUUCUGCCUGUGCGUCUUACAUCAUCUUCUUCCUGUCACCUCCCAAUACUCAGAAAUACACAGUUAGUGCCAUGUCUGGGACCAUUUUGGUGGCGAUGGGAGAGGGCAGACUCCUUUCUUCCUGCUGCAUCAAAUAUCUCCAUCUGUUUCCCUAUUCCACUUCUUUUUUGGUCCAUCGUGGACAAUGGAGAAAUUCCAGAUUUUGAAGCACCGGGGAAUGUUUGUUCUACCCGAUGGUUUUUAGGGCCUUGAAAGCAAAGGAUCAAUCCAUCGGGAGGUCUUGUGAUGUGUGGGGCUGGGGGCUGGGGGCAAAUCCCCAGCCCUGAAAAGGCCCAGGCUGCAGCCAGUAAGAUGCCACCUUCUUUCUCCCCUUGCUUGACAUGAACGUGGCAAUUCCCUGCCACUUGGGGUUCUCCUAUGUUGAAAGAUGGAAAGAAGGCAAUGUCUGUUUCUGGUUUGUUGCAAAUAAUACAACGGCCUGGAUAAGUCCUGGAGGUGAGGUGAAGACACCCCUUCUGUGCCAGCACUGGUGAACUUUCUAUCCCCAACAUCUGAUGUAGCAUGUUCAAUUGUCCGGAUAUGAGUGCAGGACUGGGACAGGUUGCCGAAGAGGAUGGGAAUGUAAAGGAGAAAAUGUAACUUCUAUACACAGCUUUGGUCCAUAUCAAGCAGAUGCAAUAACAACAACAACAAUAAUGAUAAUAAAAAUGGGACGAAACUGAGCAAAA